AAGUGGCCUUGACCUUAUCUAUGGUGAUGGCCCGCGUGAGCGGAACACCCCAACCAAGAGCACGGAAGAAAUGCCUCUGCUAGAUACUUCGUCGACAAGUUCACGGGUCGCGUUUUCGAUCUCUCUUAUGGCCACAACACCUUCUUCUGCGUCGUCUCGUAAGUGACAGAAAAUAGAGGCGACGCGUGUUUUCAGCGUUAUAAUCACAUGACCAAUUAUCCGAAUCGACUAACAUCAUCGUCAUCAUCAUCAUCAUCAUCAUCAUCAAUGACGUGAGCAAUUCUCCGGCGUUCCAAAGCGGUCACAUCUUCAGAUGCAUCUAGAUAGACAGCAAGUAGAUUCGGAAAUGAAAAUGAUCAUGAUGACCGAAGAAAAAUAGUAAUACUUUUAAUCUCCAUUGUUCCAUCCUGAAGCUGAAUCUGAUUCUGUCAGAUCUCCACAGAAAUGGGGAUCCUGGCACUUAGGCCUCCGCCUGGCUAUGCCACUACUGCGUGUUGAGGAUGAUUAUAAUCACUUUAAUUUAUUUUCUAAUACUGCACCUCCCGCCCGAACAAACCGGGACACGGCACAAAGCCCGGGCCUGAAGCUCCACGAGAAAGUCUCUCGUGGCUGUCGCUGGCUUCUUCUUGCUGCUACGUUUCUGCUGGGUAUGGCUUAUUGAGUCUUCAACCUGUGACUAUACUUACAAUACUUCCAUUCUUUCACACAGUAAGGACUAAAAGUAUACCUUUCCAUCUGCUACAUUCACUUCGCAAUCAUUGCAGUAAAACAUUAAUACUAUCAUGAAAAGUUAAGACAUUUUUAGAAUGGACGACGCAGGCUACAUGAAAAGAUUAGGCCUUUCUCCAUGAUAGAUCGUUCCAGAGAUGAACUAACACCAUCGCCAACUAUGGCGGCUACAUAGGACGAUACAUAGAUAGCGUCAUAACAGCAGGUAGGAACAAUGAAGUACGUCGAACGAGGAAGAGGACACACUUAUCGUACUGACUACAUCUUCAUGUUGAGACGAGAUAUUAGCUGUGCUCUAACCAAACAAUCGUGGCGCUAAGUGGCACCUAUUUCCUGAUGCUUUCUCCGGAGGAAAAAGGAGAGUUUGUGGAUUCGAUCAAUGCACUGACAACCAUCGCGUUCUCGUUUCUGCAGCAGCAACAAGGACAGGCUGAAACGCAUGGACAAGCAGAGGGUCAUCGGCAAUCAACGUCCAAAGAGGGAGAAAGACGUCUUAGUAGGAAAAAAGAAAAAAAGUUGAAGAAACGGAAUCUAAGGCAGACAGGUUUGAUAGGAUCUCUUCGAGCAAGAAAAGACUUCAUGCUUACAUCAUCAAGCGUGACAGAGCGAUUGAACAAGUUGUUAUGAUCAUUCUGGGUCUCAUUCAUUUUCAUCUCUUUGAGCUUACUGCUAGUACCCUUCCCACGUAAAAUACGAACUCGGGAAGGAAGUGACUACUUGGAGUCGACUGACUGAGAUGAAAUGAAGCACAUCCUAAGCCGAGAGGGGUUUAUAUUCGGGAAGUCUGGCGGGGAUGGCACUACCGUUGACCGAGCCGAGAAGCAAGGAGAGUUGUGCCCUCAGGGCCUUUUGUCAGCCCCGGACAAGUGCUUUAUGAAUUUGCUUCAAUGCUUGUAAAAAAUACACUCAGACGACGUUCAGAUCUACUCAGAGAUCAUAUCGUGUUUCAAUGCAAGAAUGAGCUAGCAAGUGUUCCAUUUCUCUGCAGUAUACUUUCCAGCAAGUUACUUACAUCCUUAGCUCGACGUUGAGGUGAAUGUAAAAUACAUAGGGAUGCUAUGCGUAGAAGUGACUAUUUUUUCGCUAUUUUUCUAGGUACUUUUUUUUUACUUGGACCUCGUCUUUCACGAUCCCUCCUGUCGUGCUCUUUUUAGUAACUAAAAGGCAACCAGGGCCGCGACCUUGCUCGACUGAAACACCCUCCCCUUUCAUAAAAACGGUGGUGGAUAUGUUUACGACGCUGGAGAAGCAGUGUCACUGUAAGAUUAUGGUAGAUGGUUUCUACAUACAACUAACACAAGUUGCAUUUACAUGCUUCUUUCCUGCGCCUUUUGAGAUGAGAAGAGGACGCCAACACUUGUAUACACAUAAUAGGUGGCAUAGCUAAGAUUUGACCAGUUCUUCUGUAUAAUCAUGUAUAUGGAGAUGUGGCACAAUAAAUGUGCAUAGAAAUAGAUUCAUAAUAGAUGGCUGAGCAUGAUCAAUGGCAAUGCUGGGCGCAAUCAGCAGUAAUACUAUCCCCUUGUAGGUUCAGACUUCUUUUUAGCAUUUAGUACAUUGAUUUUUUUUCCCUAAUCACCAUCAAUAACAAACUGACAUCAGUGUUUGUUUGCUCUCCAUUUGUUGUAUGUCCAGCAUUCAUGAUCAAACCAUCUGCGGGAAUGGUCGAUCAACCGAGCGAGGAAGUUGAGCGAGUGGCGACCAGGGACAUGAAUGCCAGAGUACGCCGAGUCAUGAAAUUUGCGGAGUCAGUGCACAAACUCAUCCACUCUAGUGGUCGAAUGUGUGCUGCUUUAACACCCUUAUACCAAGCCGCGUCACACUAUCAAACUUCUGAUGGUAAUGACUCAUAUCGUGAACAGCUUCCAGAACUGCGAGAACGUGCCGAAAAGGCAGUCCAAGAGGGUGAAGUCGCACUGCGCGAGGUGCACGCGACUGGCAGGAACCAACUCUGCGGUACUGAGCCGAAUUUAGGUAGGGACCAGCCCUUAUGCAAGCGGUUCGACUUCGACCUCGUGCUUGGUACGCCUCAACCAUAUGAAGAUUGUGACCCGUCCACACCCUUGCCCGAGAAGCCUGCAAUUUUCGACCAUGACAUAAUAUGCAAGAGCACGAAAGCACUUGCCAUUGUGAAGCCCCAUGCAAGUGUCGAGCGGGAACGAUUUGGUGGGCAGAAUCCAAUGUAUGUCUGUGCAAGUAUAGUAUGGCAGUUCUGUCCCUUGUACUCUGUUAGCUAACGAGUGAGAACGAGAAACAAACACGGAGCACCAUGGAGAUGACGAGGGACAAGCAUCAAGAAAUCAAUAGGCAUACAUCUGAAUCAGUACAACACUCCAAGCAGUGAAAUCUUUUGCAGAGGCCUCCUGAGUCAUUUACUUGAAUCAAUUACCGCACUCAAAGACCCGGGCUUAACUAGCUUAGCUAGUUAACAAGUACUAGGUAUGGCGUCCGUUUUCCUAUACUUGCGCGACUCCGUCAGAGCAGCCUCGCUGGAACAUUAAGGCUGGGCAUGACCGAUUGCGUGAUAGUCUGUGGGUGUUGAGUAUUGCAUUAGUGUCAUUUAGCUGAACCUGAACAAUAGUUCUGCUAAGACUACAACAGAGAGACCUCUUUUCGUCUUCACAACGACGAACAGCGCUAAGAUCGCAAAAGGAAAGAUCCCCGAUCGUGCAUGGUUUUUGCCGUGAUAACAGGCUUCUCCCCUAUGCGGAAGCGGUAGCAGACCAGGAAAGAUUUGACGUUUCCAAAACUACCCGUCUGUUGAUGUGGAACGAAAAGUUCAUUACACAAGAAGGAGAAGCGGAUUCUGAUUCCAACAAGGCUUUGCGCAAAGCUUAUACCGAUUUCUGCGAGAUAUUUGUGUUCGGCAAGCUGCAAGAGCCGCUAGACCAAAAGGGUGCUUGGUGUACGGAACUAAACACGAAACUGGUCGCGGAUAUUGUUCGCGAAACUUUUAGCCAGUCAGGUGCGAGUCUCCCAACAAGAGAGCCAGAAACGCGUCUCUUUAUGUAUUUUGCGUAGAGUAAGUAAUGUGUCUUAAUCUUUUGAGUACUAUGUGCUCCAGGAGAACCGUAAGUAAUGAGUAAGUGCGUCUUAAUCUUUUGAGUAUGUGCUCCAGGAGAACAGUAAGUAUAAUAUGAACAUUAGAGAGCAGAUUCUCCUGUACAUCGCCACUCUGAACCAUAUCCCCCUUUCAUGAAUACGUUUAUAGAGAAAUCGAGGAAGCCGCAGAAGGAGCAGCACGGGGGCAAGACAGUCGACAAAGCAUUCACUGAAACGGAAGGGGUCUGCCUUAUGGUUUCUGUGUAUUGCUGAAAAAAUGCACGUAGGUUUCUAGUUUGCAGACAUCAUAUGAUAAUCAAGUUUCAAUCUCGCAACAAGGAAGAGAAAACGUUUUAUUAGAUGCUUUCAGGCGAUGCACACAACUUUUCAGACGAGAGGAUCAGGCUGCAAGACCUAUAAGUGUACUCUAUUCCGUGCUACUGGAGUCCGUUUCAUGGAAAGGGAUGCUAAGUUGAGUAUGAACAUGAAGUAGUACUGGUAGUAUUUUCAAUAUGUUGUACUAAACCAACAUUGUGUCCAACUUUCAUUACGGCGGCGCUUGCGGAUCGGGUCGAAGAAUUAGAAGAAAAGGUCAACAAGUUGGAGGCUUUGGCUGCUGCCAUGGGGCCAGUCAAUAAAACGCGUGAGGAGCUUGUUUAG